AUGCGUGGCGCUUCUUCGUCUCCUCCUGCGCCUUCGGGAGUGCAGACGCGAGGGCAGAAAAGACGGAUUGGUCAGAGUGAUGUGUGGGAUUUGAUCGUGAAUAACGACGAUGUGAGUUUCAAACACAUUCUUCCGAGAUUGAAUUCGAAUGAUGUGAAAUUCUUGUACGAGGUGAAUAGUGAAACGAGAAAGUUGGUGAAGAGGUCAUCUCGUGCGGAUGAUUUGAAAAAGAGGUUUAAAGUUGAAGAGAUGUCGUCGAUAUCGACUUUGGAGUUAGCGUGGGAGAAUAAAUCGUUGUGGUCGUAUUGGUUGAACGAAACAUAUUUCUGCUAUAAAGUUGCUCAAACGAAUAAACUCGAGUUGCUCAAGUGGAUACGAGAGGAGAAACAGUGUGGUUGGGAUUAUAGGACGGUUAAUACGGCCGCACAUCAUGGUAAUCUGGAAAUUGUAAAGUAUUGCGUUGCAAAUGAGUGUCCUGUCGAUGAGGACGCGUGUGAAAGUGCUGCCCGAAACGGUCAUCUCGAGUGCCUCAAAUACUUACACGAAGGUGCCAAAGCGCCUUGGGAUGAGUAUACUGCCAUUUGGGCGGCUGGAAAGGGUCAACUCCACAUACUCGAAUAUCUUGUUGAACGUAAUUAUGAUAAAUAUGACGAACGAGCGUGUAUGUGGGCGGCCGAGAAAGGCCACUUGGACUGUUUGAAGCACUUGCACGAAACCGCCAAAGCGCCUUGGGACAGUGACGCCGUACGCUACGCUCACAAGAAUAACCACACCGAAUGUGUACAAUACCUCCUCGACAACGACUGUCCUCUACCACCCGGUUGGCGAUACGAAGACGGAGUAUUGCACACGUCAUAA